CGACCUUUGAUGAUAUUUUACCACAAUCACACCCAGGAUAUUUACUUAUACAUCAUUUGGUCCUGAGUGACCUUACAUUAAUUUUUUAUAAUUAUAUUAAAGACAAAAAAUUACGAUUUUCUUUAUUUUUGAAAUUUUUUUCAACUUUAAUGUCUUCAAUUGAUACACUUAUUUGGUCACGUCGUGCUUCCUUAAUUAAACAAUGGGAAAGUACUUUAUCCAUUACUAAAAACAAAAAAAGAUUUUAUAGACAACGACAAAAG